AUGGAGGGAAUUGCCGAUGGAAUGGUGGGGAGUGUUGUCGGGAGUGGAGGUAGUGUAGUCGGCAAAGGUGUUGUAGGCAAGGAUGGUUUUGGCAACGAUGGGAUUGAUGGCAAUGGAGGCAAUGUGGCCUUUGGCAGAGUUGGGGCAGUCGGAAGUGAAGGCAGGGGGUUUGAGGGCAGAGGUGGCAGUGUGCCCUUGGGCAGUGUUGGUAGUGAGCUGGCUGGCAAUGGAGUCAGCGGUUUAGGCAAUGGGGUAGAUGGCAAUGGUGGCAAAGUGGCUUUUGGAAGAGGGGUAGUUGGAAGUGUAGGCAAGGGGUUUGACGGCAAUGGUGGUAAUGUGGCCUUGGGCAGUGCUGGAACCGAGGGCAACGGUGGCAGGGUGGCCUUGGGAAGUGUUGGUGCCGAGGGUAGUGGAGGCAAUGUAGUCUUGGGCAGAGAGGGAAUCGCGGGCACUACUGGCAAUGCUGCUGGAGGAGCCGCUGGUGUGUCUAAAAGGUGGCGAGCUCCAAGGCUCAUAUUGGUGCUUGAGAGUAACAGCAUCACAGACAGAAACCGAAUGGGGAAAAGCUUGGAAGAAGUCAUGGGAAAGUUUGUCAAGAUUUUGCAUAAGUUUGAUAAGGUGUGGUUGCAGGAAGAGCGAGAAAGACUUUGUUAG